GUACCUCAAACGACCGCUACCAAUGCCACGUGCUGGAAGUGUGUCUAGCUAGCUACUAUAAUUAUACAUGUACAAGAAACUGAUAUAAAGAUCAGUGAGUUCACUAUUAAAGUUGAGCUCUAUGGCACAGCAUAGAAAAUCAAGUGUGCAACAAACUACCAAUGAUGAGGGUUCAAUCGUACCACAUGCCAGAGGCUCCAUUGUUAGAAUAAAGCUACAAAACUUUUUAACAUUUGAUGGUGUUGAAAUCAAACCUUCAUCUCAACUGAAUGUCAUUGUUGGGCCAAAUGGUACUGGAAAGUCGAGUGUUGUGUGUGCUAUAUGCAUUGGUCUUGGUGGAGCCACUAGGCUACUAGGACGAGCAAAAGAGAUCAAGGAGUUUGUAAAGCAUGGCAAGAGGGAUGGUUUUGUGGAAAUAGAGCUGUGUGAAACGAGGAAAGCAGGCAAGAACCCAGUCAUUAAGAGGAAGAUCUCUGCUGACUUUAACUCCUCUACUUGGUUCAUCAAUGGAGUUGUGUGUAAACAGGCAGAUGUGACCAAGUUGAUCGAGGGAAUGAAUAUUCAGUUGCAAAACAAGUGUGUCUUCUUACCUCAGGACAUGGUAGUGGAGUUUGCCAAAAUGAACAUGCACCAGAGGCUGGAAGAAACUGAGCUGGCAGUCGGGCCCAAGAAUAUGUUCAAAGCACAUGAAGAGUUAAAAAAUCUUCGCCAGUCUUCUUCCACAGACAAGUCAGGUCUAGCUACACAAAAGAACCUUCUCCAGAUGGAAGAACGUAAGAACCAGCUCUUGGAGCGUGAUGUAGAGAGGUUCAAAAACAGACAGCGGUUUAUGGCAGAUAUCAAGUGGGUCAGCCUCAAGAAGCUCUGGCUGGAGUAUGAAUCUGCUCGCAACAAUGUAACUGACAAGAAGAAUGAACGCAAAGAAGUAAUGGCAAAAGUGAAGAAGCUCAAGCAGACUUAUCAGCCCAUCAAAGAGAAGCACAAGACACAGGAGGAUGCCCUGAAAAUCUUCAAAGACUCUGAAAGCGGGGCUAACCUUCGAAGGAGAAAACUUUUGAGAAAUGUGACUGCCCUACAAGAGAACCUUAGUGAACUGGGAGAUAAGUUAGAGGGGCCCCGACAGGAUUUGGAACAGGCAAAGAAAGACGAGGCUGAAAGAAAAGGCAAAAUAGAGAAAAUGCGCAUGGAGAUUGAGAGUUACAAGACUGAGAUGGAUGCGUUAGAGUCUCAGGAAAGCAUCACACUCAAAAUACAGUCACUAAAUGCCCAGCGGUCCGAGAUAAAUCAGCAGAUUGAGGACAACAACUUCCAGUUGAGGGAAAUGGGUGAAGAACGGCAGAGAUAUAACGACAUUGUCAGGCAUCAUGAGGAAGAGCUAUGUAGGAUGCAGGACAUUCGCAGCCAGCGGUUGAAAAUGCUGCAGAAUAUGGACCAUUGGGCCUACGACGCUCUGAUGUGGCUAGAGAAAAACCAACAUCUCUUCAAAAAGCCCAUCCUUGAACCAAUCAUGGUCUCUGUCAACGUUUGUGACCCAAGGUACACUGCUCAAGUGGAGGCUUCUCUGGGAGGACGGGACUUUGUGUCCUUUGUGGCUCAAACUGAAGAAGACAGAGAGUUAUUUCUUAAGGAGGUUCGAGACAAGAUGAGAUUAAAAGUCAACGUAGUUAGAGCUCCUAACAAACGCCUUAGUGAGUACAAGCCACGAAUAGGUAUCGAUGAGCUGAAGAGAUAUGGAUUUGACAAGGUGAUAAUUGAGCUGAUCCAAGCUCCAGAGGCACUCCUCUGUUACUUCUGUCAGUUCCAUGGGCUUCACGAAGUGCCCAUUGCGGGUGAGCUUACACCCGAGCAGCUCCAAGGAAUUACUGACAACCUGCCAGGCCUCAGGGUGUUCUUCGCCGGGAGCUCCAGGUAUUCUGUGACUCAUUCACGGUACAGGAAGGAAACAAGCACCAGAGUAGGUGUGUUAAGGCCACCGAAAGUCCUCAUUGCUAAUGUGGACGUACAGCAUAAACAAAAGCUGGAACAAGAGAUUGAAGUUACAAUGCAGCAGAGGAGUGAGCUAGAAGCUAACUACCAGGAUAUCAAGGAAAAGGACAGCGCUCUCAGGCAGGAGAGUAACAAAAGGCUACAAGAAAAGAAUGCUCUCAAGAAGGUGAUUGAUCAACGAAAAAGCUAUGCUGUUAGCAUUAAGUCAAGAGAAGCAAAGAUAGCUAACCUGACUGAUGUCACCUUCGACCUUCAAAAAGCUGAGGAAAAAUGCCAAAAAGACUUGGACAAGAUCCAUCGAGAUCGUGUGAAGUGCUUUGUUGACAUUAAGGAAAAUCUUCGGAGUGCCGUCGCUGUGACCAAAGAGUGUGUGGAGGCUUCUCUUCGGGUGAAAACCAGUGAGCAAAGGGUUAACUUCUUACUCCAUCGCUAUCAUGAUAGGAAGGAUGCUUAUGAGAAUGCGGAGCGUCAACUGAUAGAAUUAGAUAAAGCUUUAAAGCAGGCCAAAGAAAAGGCCCGUGUUAUACUGGAGAGAGCAAGAGUGAAGUCUAAGGUCGACAGUCCUGCAGACAAUCCGGAGAUGAUGGACCAUUUUCAGCGGCUUCCUAAUGAGCUGGAUGACCUGUUGGAACUCAUACACAGUCUACAGGCCAAGGCUGAUAUGUGUGAAGGCAUUGAUCCCUCAGUUGUGCAAGAGUAUGAUGACAGGAAAGGUCAGAUUGAAUCUCUUCAUAAGGAGAUUGAGCAAAAAGAGAACCAUUUGAAGAGCAGGGACGAGAGAAUAUCAAAACUAAAAGAAGAGUGGCUGAGUGCUCUGAAAAGCCUUGUGUCAGGGAUCAGUGACAGGUUCCGUUGCUAUUUCUCUAACCACACUCACAUGGAAGCCGCUGGAGAGGUUUGUUUUGUAGAGAGCGAAGACUUCACCAAGUGUGGUAUCGAGAUUAAGGUCAAGUUUCGUGACAACGAGCAGCUCCAAGCCCUAAAUGCUCAGAGACAAAGUGGAGGAGAGAGAAGUGUAUCUACCAUGCUCUACCUCAUGGCUCUCCAGGGAGGCUCCUCUUGUCCCUUUAGAGUAGUCGAUGAGAUCAACCAGGGCAUGGACCCUGUUAAUGAGCGCCAUGUCUUUAAUCUCAUUGUCAAAUCUGCAGCAGAAGGAGCACAGUACUUCCUACUCACUCCCAAACUUCUGCAUAAUCUCCAGUACUCGGAUGCAGUACAAGUUCAUAUGGUAAACAAUGGUCAAGAAUCUGUGGAGUACAGUGAGUACAAUCUUGAAACUAUGCUGCAAUAAACCAUCACUUUGUCAUUUAGCCUCACAAUGAUCAUACGUACGUAUAAUUAUAAUUAAUAUCCAUUGAUUGCUGUUGUCAUCAUAAUAAACAUAAUUGUUUGCAUAAUAGUUAGUUGUGUUAAUCACUAGCUGGUUUGUAUUUAUUUACCCAGUUUAGUUCUUAAAUAAUAUUAUCUUGAAUGAUACUCUAUUAAGACCUCAUGAAAAA